UGCGAGACAGCAAGAUGGCGCUCUCCAUGAACCAAUUCCGUUCGGGGUUGAUUUUACAAAAGCGAAUGAUUUUAACGAACUUCACAAGAACCUGUAGCUCUAACAAAAAAGAUGUGAGACCGAAGGAGGUGAAACAUCCCGAGGCAGACCUAGCCAAACAAUACCCCGAUACAGACAUUGUAAAGGGACGAGUGGCUGACAAAUUACCAUUCAAGGUAGAACUCCAGGCAGGGAAGAAAUAUUCAUGGUGUGCCUGCGGACACUCACAUUCUCAGCCCUUUUGUGACGGGAACCAUAAACGUAAGCAAGAAGAGUUUAAAAACCCCCGAUAUAGGCCGGUGCGAUUUACUGUGGAGGAGACAAAGGAGUACUGGCUGUGUCGUUGUAAACAGACAGAUAAUCCUCCAUUCUGUGAUGGCAGCCACAAGGAACCUAAUGUGACCAGUAUCAACAGGAUAAAUCCAACAACUUAGUACUAAAUAACAAUAUACAUAUAUGUAUUGUAGACUUAAUCAUUAACCAGAGCCAUGGUAUCUUGUGAUUUGCUUUCAUCUUGAAGAAUAGAUUAUUUCAAUGUAACUGCAAAAUAAAUAUUAUUUAAAUGAUUGAAUUU